AUGCCCACACCAAACAUCCCAGAACGCGAUGUCCGCUCUUCCAAGCCCCGCACCCUCAUCCGCAUGAUUUCCACAAAGUUCACCCCGCGCACUGUCUCUGUACCCGCACUGCGCUCACCACCCGCUGCCCCCCGCAGCGCAUUCUCCAAGGAACAGCGCGACGCUGCCCUAAGAGAGCGCGGCCUCCUGCCCCCACUGCCCAAUAGAGACCUCAGCACCCAGGAGCGAGAACAGGACCGUCACAUCCCCAUCGUCGAAUUGGGACAGGAGGAGAGUCAUGGUCAUCAGCGCCAGGGCGAGGGCGAGGGCGAGCCGUCGGCGGCUGACCUAGUCAAAAAGGCAUGGGAGGCGAAAAACAGCCAGCCCCGCCUACCAGCAGCAGCAGCACCACCACCACCACCAGCAGCAGCAGCAGAAGGAGCGGCUGACGUCAACGAAGCAGCGGCGGAUCCGCGAACCAGCCUAGCAAUAAAAGCAGGACAGCGCGAAUCGGCAGAGUCGAAAAGGCUAAGCGACAGCGACAUGCUCCGCCCUUCUUCUCUUCUUGCCGAUCUCUCGGAUGAGAUCCAGGCGUUCAUGUUCCCUCUCCCGCCUUCCUUAAACACAAACACAAACACAAGCACAAGCACCGACAAGACAGAUGCAGAUGCGGAUGUCUCAGUCCCGCCGCCGUCUACCCCUGCGCCAAGACUACGGCCGCCCGCCUCCAAAGCAGACCCAGACCCAGACCACGAGACCGAUCCGUCCCUCCUCCGCGUGAACAACAGAGACUCAUGCGGCGGCGCGCCGACCGAAGAGUCCCACUCCGACGCGUCCAUAAUGACGCCCUCCCUCGACAGCACCACCCAGACCCUCUCCUCCUUCUCCCACCGCAGCUCCUCGGGCGUGUCCUCCGCCUCGUCGUCUGUGAAUAAAAAGGGAUGUUUGCAGGUCAGGAUGGCAGGUGAGGGGCAGUGUGACGAGGCGUUCUCGGGGGAUGAGUUGGGUGUGGUGAUUGAGGAGGAUAGUGUCCCGCCCUCGCCGUCUCUGCUGUCCAAAGCACUCCCUGCUGCGAAUAUCAAGUUCAAGCUAGACCCUGCCAUGGACAAGGACCGCGCAGAAAGGGAAACACACGCGGAUCAAGAUACCGCGCUUUUGUCUCCUGUCAAGGACUCGGCUGUGAAAGCGCCUCCGCAGUCGGUCGAGCGUAAGAAGAGCAUGAACCCGUUUAAGCGCGCGGCGACUAUGUCUGGUGCGCAUGGGAAGGACGAGAACGAGGAUACGACUGCGACGCCGGCGGGGACACAGACGCCGACGCCGACGCCGCGCAGGCGGAUAACGAUGGCUUCAACCUCCUUCGCAAGCCUCUCGAACCUCCGCCGGUCCGUCGUCGGCACGCUAACCAAAACGCCCGCCAGCGCACCGAUGAAGAGUCGGGGGAGCACUGUUGUUGAUGGGUUGCCUGGUAGUCCUACUAGUCCUACUCCUACGACGGCGAGGGCGAUGCAGAUGAGCGCAGGGAAGGGGGAAGGGAAGCCGAUCCCGCGCGUGCGUCAGCCGCAGCAGCUUGUGAUGUAUAAUCGCGGGAGCAUACUCCUUGAGACGGCGGGUAUUGAGGAUGAGGAGACGAGGAGGAUGACGGAGCUUGCGUUUUUGGGGUAG